UGAUCAGUCCAGCUGAUGAUAUUUUUUUCUGCCACUCAGUGUUCAUCUCCCAAGUUGGAAGAGGAUGAUGAGAUCAGUGAGGAAACUUUGAACUCUGACAUUCAGAAACUGAAGGAGAAACGGGACAUGCUGGACAAGGAGAUUUCCCAGUUAGUAAAAGAAGGCUACCGUGUGGGUGAGCUGGAGGACCAUAUCGCUCUCCUCCAUGAGUACAAUGACAUCAAGGAUGUGGCACAGAUGCUGCUGGGAAAGCUGGCUCUGACCCGAGGUGUCACCACCAAGGAGUUAUAUCCAGAUUUUGGUCUAGACCUGAGUGACUGAGCAGAGAGUCUGGCAGAUUUUUAUCUACGGCCCACAGGGACAAGUGGAUGGGGAACAUGAAAAGCAGAGAGCCCAGACAGUACAUUCGUAUAGUUUCCAGAAAAAAAAUGCUAGAAGCCCAAAUUUUUUUUUAAAGGGCCCAAACUAAGUUUAGGGUGGGUCCUAGAUAGGGGGGUGUUGGGAGGGGAGGGCAUUGUUGGUUCUAAGGUUCCUAAAUGUACUUGUGAAUGGAUAUGUGGGGUUGUCCCUUUUGUUAAUAAACAUGAGCAGUCUCUAUA